GAAAAUAUGAUAUUUGCCUGUUUCUAGUUCCAAAAGAAUCCCACUUCCCAAACUACCUCCAAAUACGCUUUCUAACCUCUUCGACCAUGUUCAGCAGCUGUUCGUGGGUAUGAUUGUAUGAAACGCAUCUGAUAAAAAAUCAUGGGACUGAAUAUUGUAGGGACUGUUGAUAAGGUAAAUGGUAAUAAACUGAGUUACAGUAAUUUUGUGGAGAAAUACUUAUCGAAGAACGAACCCGUUGUUAUUACGGGACUCAUGGACGAUUGGAGAGCUUGUAAAGAUUGGGUUUUUGAUGAUGGAAGACCUAAUCUCCAGUUUAUCUCUUCCACUUUCGGUAAUUCCAAAGUACAGGUUGCUGACUGUGGUAGCAGAGAAUUUACAGAGCAGAAGAGGUUUGACAUGUCAGUAUCUGAGUUUAUUGCUAAGUGGAUUGACUUUUCUUCAGUAGAACAUGACAAUCCUUCAAUCAACAACUUGAAUGGCAAAACCCUACUGUAUUUGAAGGAUUGGCACUUUGUAAAGAUUGUAGGAGUACCCAGAGUAUAAAGCAUACACAACUCCAUUGUUUUUUCAUGAUGAUUGGCUGAAUCUGUAUCUUGACCACUAUCAUAUGCGUGAAGACCCUGAUACAUAUCAAAAGAGAGACGACAUAAGCUGUUCUGAUUAUCGUUUUGUGUACAUGGGUGCAAAAGGAACAUGGACACCAUUCCAUGCUGAUGUUUUUAGGUCAUAUAGUUGGUCAGCUAAUGUAUGUGGCAAGAAGCAGUGGUACUUUCUGUCUCCAAAUCAACACCACCUUGCUUUUGAUAGAAACAUGAAAAACACUGUUUAUGACAUCUUUGAAGAGGUUAACGAAACAAUAUUUCCCAAUUUCAAGAAGACUACAUGGUUGGAAUGCACACAAGAUCAAAAUGAAAUAAUUUUUGUUCCUAGUGGAUGGUAUCAUCAAGUUCACAAUCUGGAAGAUACAAUAUCAAUAAACCAUAACUGGUUCAAUGGAUAUAACCUUUCUUGGGUGUGGGAUCUUCUUUUGAAAGAUUACAAAGAAGCUACAGAGUAUAUUGAAGAUAUCAAAGACAUUUGUGAUGAUUUUGAAGGACUUUGUCAACGAAAUCUUGCAGCUAAUACAGGCAUGAAUUUCUAUGAUUUUUUCAACUUUAUGUUACGUUUUUCCUUUGCAAACAUCGUUCAGCUUUGUCAACUUGCUAAAAUAAGUGAUGAUGUCAAAUGGCGUUCUUCUGUAAAAGCUAAACAUUUAAUCUUCAACCUUGAGUCUGCAAAAGAUAUUGCCAUAAAGAUGAACUUCACAUGCUUAUCUGAAAAUCAUAACAUCACAUUGGAUUUCAGAAGUGUUUUGAAGGACCCCGUGUUCUUGGAACUAUGUUAUCAGUUGGAAAGAACAUAUGAUUUCAUACAUGAUCAAUGUGCAUUGAUGAAAGUUUUAGUGGAAGAUUUGGUGGAUGUGGGGAUUAGUAAAUUGUUGGACAUUGUAGUUUGUAAUCCUGAAGAUUUAGUGGUUUUCAUUGACCACGUCUUGCAAAAUCUUAUAUUAUCAUCACAUAAAAGGUAACAUUUUUUAAAGGUUGUUAAUUGCAAAAAGUUUGUAACAUGACUAUAUUGAGU